CGAAAUAAGGUUGUAAAUAUUUUGAAGUGCGCCAUAAAAUAUUGCAUCAUACAGUGCCAUAAACGGGACUUACCAAAAACUGUUUAUUUACUUUUAACAUAAAAUGCACCAUAUUCUAGAGGCACGAACAUUAUUUCAAAAUUCUUUUAAAUAUUUAACAUAUUUUGUUUAAAGAAUAAACACACGGACAGCUUGUUUACAAAAUCGCGUUACGGAUAUUUUACGUAUCACUUUUGAAUAAUGGAGUGACUUCCUAUCAAUUAUACUUUUUAAAAGGACCUUCACGGUCAGUAAUCUGGCUUAAAUAACUACCCGGAGGCAAAUUUGUCCAACAUUUAAAUAGGAGAUUAGACUUAGAGGACAUUAGGUUGUACAUGUUCGCUGAAUCUUUCUGAAUACUUUGGCAAAAGAUGAAACUUGCUGAUUUGGUGUUGCCGGUAUGUGUCGUCUGCGGCGCUUUUGCAGACGGCCAUGGAGAUGAGGGGACGUCUGCUGAAAUCGUUUAUCAGUGGAACAUUGUGGAAUACGAGUGGCCAAACGACACAUUAAAACAACAGGAGAUUGAAAACAAGGCCUACAUUCCUCAAAACAGUGCAAUAAAUGGAAUAAAACUUUAUAAGGGAAAAGUUUACGUUACAGUCCCGCGACUAAAACCUGGCGUUCCAUCAACGCUGAACGUAAUCAUCAAGGCCCCAGCAGGUAGCAAUGGCUCCAGUCAUCUACUGAGGCCCUUCCCAAACUGGGAAAUGCAGAAGCUGGGUAACUGUGAGGCUCUACAGAGGGUACAGAGCAUGGAGAUUGAUCCAAACACUGGUUACAUGUGGAUCGUUGAUACAGGUUACAUUUCAAAGAUGGAAGACGUGGAUGUGCAGCCUGUUGAUUCCUGUCCAGCUAAGAUCAUCAUUUACGAUCUGAACACAAACCAAGAAGUCAACCGCUACGUCUUUCCUAGGAUGGUUAUCGGCUUUGGUCUAUUCUAUCUCAACGAUAUCGUUUUAGGCUACAGUGAAAAUGUCGCCAGAUACGCUUUCUUGUCAGACACGUUAGAUUACAAGUUAGUCGUUUAUGAUUACAAAGAGAACACAUCAUACGCUUACUCGCAUUCGAAUAUGAGAGCAGACGAACAAUAUAUAAAUAUCACAAUAUCAAACUUAACUUUGACUGGAAUCAUCACAGGUAUAAACGGAAUUGCAAUGUCACCAGAUUUUAAGUACAUCUAUUACAGCUCUGUCGCAGGAGUAGGGUUGCACCAGAUUGAGACUUCCGUUCUAACGUCUGCUAACGGGAAUUCCGCCGCUUUUGCUGCAGCUGUGCGCACCAUUGGAGAAAAGGUCAGCCCAGGUGACGGGAUGGCAUACGGUGCCAAGAAUAACCUGUAUUACUCAGCUCUAGGGCCGAAUGCCAUCUUCAAAUGGGAUAUUUCCAAAGACUUAGGGUCAUCCGGGGACUUUAACGCUGUUCCACUAAUCAGCCAAUCAGAACUCGUGUCUGAUCCGCGAAUGCAGUGGGUCGACACACUUGCGCUUGACGACAAUGGGUAUCUGUGGUUUACGACAAGUAGGCUGAACAAGUUCUUUAGUUCAGAAGGCAUUGUACAUCAUGAACCAAAUUUUUUCAUCUGGAAGAUUUUUGUCGAUGACGUCCACUACUUAAAGGGAAGACAGGACGUCCCUACCCUAGGAAGUCAGAAAACUCUUGCAUCUUGUUUUGCUCUCAUUAUAUGUGCAUGUUUGCAGCGUUUUCUUACACUUACAUAGCAUGCUGUCAGCCAUUUUACCGCCACUGCCCUAUAUGCUUCACCGAACUCAGACUUUAGUAAUAUGAGUGCAUUUUCCCCCUCGUAUUAUACUUGUAAAUAUAAUAUUCAACAUAUCGCAUGCAAGAUUGUAUAACGUUUUAACUUACUAGUAGAUAUAAUCUCCUAAAACAUUUAUGCUAUGUCCUUUUUGUAAUAAAAUGAUAUUGCUAUUUGACACAUUCAUUUAUUUUUAUGUUUACAUUGUAUGUAUAAGAUUUUAUCGUUGCAUAAAGUAAUCAUAACUAGUGCAUCUCGGAAGAAAAAGGUCUGCCGAGUUGUAAGUCAGUAUUUCCACAAAACAUUUGAAAUAUUCAUUUCUCAUAAUGUAUUAGUUUUAACAUCUAUACAUACAUAGCGUCUAUAAGACUUUUUGGUAGACGUAUUUAAUAGGGUUAUUAUAACAGUAGCUUGAUCUGGGAUGCAGUAUUCGUCUCGAGUGGAUUUUGCCAGAUCGGAUCUCACGAUGCGCGCAAGCGCCGAGUGUGAUCCGACCUUGCAAAAUCCACGAGAGCCGAAUACAAAGUCCCAGAUCUAGCUACUGUUAUAAUGACCCUUUUAUUAUAUACCUUUACCAUUUUGAUUCUUGUAUGUUCUUGAACGAAAUCUUCAAUGUUUAUCGAUAAUAAAUGGAACUUAGUGAAGUUUUUAUGUGUGCUAUUUAUAGAAAUGUGUCGAGUCAUGCAUAUUAAUGAAAAUAGUCCGGCAGCAUACAAUACGGAAGGUACAAUACGGAAUUUAAAAGGUACAAUACGGAAUUUUUGUCUGUCUGUUCAUAUUUAAUUGUGAAAUACAAGCCGAUUUUUUUACAGACUUUAUAUAGGUAUAUAAUAAGGUCAUUUAUUUCCCAUCAUCUGCAUGCAGUCCUUUAUUACUCAGUGGAACCUCUGUAAUCCGAACAUGCUCGGACCAGAAAAAAGGUUCGGAUUAGAGGGGUUUUCGGAUUAGAAAGGUUUCUAUUCUUGACAGAAAAUUUAUGCUGUUUGUUAUACAUGAUGUGUAUAGCCAGGAUUAAUAAACAUAAUUAAUGUAUAAGCACCAUAUAGAUCUUUUGAGUUUGAUGUCAAUUUUCAUGUUAAUUUAACUUUCCAAUAUCAAUUAUCAAUAUUGAUUUCACCAUUUCUACAAAUUUCGCAGAAGGUAGCUAUUAAAAAGAGAAUAUUUUACUUGUCCAGUUAUUCUAAUGAUCUGGUUAGGUAUCACUUACAGAGAAUCGAAUACCUGCUUUAAGUGACCACAUUGCACAAUAUAUACAUUGGCAGUACUUAUCACAAAAACAUAUACAUGUAUAUCUAUUCCUAUGAAUGGUUUACAGAGGUUUCCGGAUUAGAGAGGUUCGGAUUAAGGGGGCUUCACUACAGUUCGUACUGAGUCAAUUUGAAAAGACAUCUUUUCUAGAAUUAAAUUACAGUCGAACUCGACGGGACCGGCAAAAUUUGUUAGAGUUAUCGGUAGUUUGAGCCAUCGAACAAUAUACAUUAUAUAGGGAUUCGAUAAGUUCGAGCGAAGGAUGGUGUUCGAAAGAUCCAAAUUCGAGUGAACAUAGUUCGACUGCAUUUAUUCGUUUUAUUUUUCCUGCUUUAACUUUAUUUUUCUUUUUUGUCGACAGCCGUUGUUAGUAUAUGCCAUAAAAUAUACUAUUAAAAUGAACUGGUCUUUUCACUAUUGUUUCCAGUUGCCAGUUACGCUGUGUUAGUUUAUAAUCGGCACUUAUCUUCCAUUUUUAUACAUGUCGACCGAAAUACUAUAAUGUACGAGACAAAUUGACCGUUGCAUGGCCGCCUGAAGUUUUGUUUUUCCGGAAAAAUGAAGACAAAAACUGCGAAAAUUAAGCUAUGCGGGUCUCACAAUCUGCCGUCGACCGUCGGUCAUGUAUACCGCCGGGACGUUGCGUAUCUGUUGUUUCCAAAAGGCAGUCUGUACACAGACGUACUUAAACGGAAAAGAAUGCAAAGGCAGCUACUAGUAUUCAUAUACUGAUAUAAACUGCCAUUAAAACGAUUAGAAAUUAAUAUUUUCGCGUAUGGUGUGCCUGUUUGGUGUUUGAAAACAUUUUUUUUUCACUUUCUGUGAUACACAUUAAGUUGUAUAUGUGGAGUGCCGGACCUCGAUAGUAUCCAGUAACCAGUUUCGUCAAAACCACCCCGCGGUCCAUGCUUGAACCAGGAAAUCUUGAACUGAGAUGCUAUAUCCUACUUCUAAAGGAAAUGACCAAUUCAGUGAGAGAAAAAAAAAAACAACACAAAACUGAAUUUUGAUAAACAUGGACAUUUUCACCACAUCAAGGCUUAAACGCUAAAAUUAAACACCAUUUAGAUAUAGGCUUACUACCUCAAAGGAGAAGAAAUUGUUUCAAGUUAAGCAGUUUUAGUCUCUAUUUGACCAGGUUAAGUAUUUACACAGACGCCCCCAUCUCAGUUUACAGACUUUACUUUGGGGUUCAAAUAGUUUAAGCUAUCCCAUAUCACAAAACAACGCGAAAAAUAAAGGCAUACUUGAGAAUGGAUUUAAUUUAAUGACAAUAUAACUCGACCUUUGAUGAUAAUGUUUGAACUGAUAAGUUUUGUUUUAUACGAAAUCAAAAUUUUAUGGGGCAUGACAGGGGUAUUGCAUUUGUAACGAAAAUUCCGCUUGUCCGAGUGUUUUUUCUUCUUCUUCUUUUGAGAAGUUUCCUGAUAAACGUAAAUCAAUAGGCUCUGUCAAAUAAAAUUAAGAUUUUCUUUCAGAAUAAUUUUCUAAGAUCUUUCUGGGGGAUAUACUGCAAAUCAGGCUUGCGUGUCUUAUCAUUGUGGGCACUAUUCUAAUAUAUAAUCUUUGUACUUUUAAUUUUACCUCCGGUUUGAUCUGGCUCACUUUUAUUUUACUGCCCAGAUGGACACGAUUUUAUGUGCCGAUUAUCACGCCGGGCUAUCCCGUCUGCGUGAGUGGUAAACCAAAAAGCACCGUGAUCGGCCUAUUCAGCAUGUCCCGCCGGUAUACUGAUUGAUGCGCGCACAACUUAUCCGAAUGAAACGAGUGCGAAUCGAUGUACCGGGUCAGAUCGGCUCAUAUAAUCGAGCCCACCUAUUCCCGGUAAAUAAAGAGCGGACACAGCGGUCCAGUAACACUGUCCGACGACGAAAACAGGGGUCGGGUGAUCGAACCUCCGCUCCUCCAAUUAAAUAUUACUAACAUUGGGAUAAGAGACCAGUGUAUUGGUGCCCAGUGUAUUGGUGCUUUACACCUGGCACUCUAAAGAACUAGGAAAGUCUCUGCAAUUUGAGAACAGUCUUCUGGAUGAGUCGCCCAACAAACGAACUCGGUAAAUAAGUAGAUGUGGAUGAAGCAUACAAACAAAAUUUUGUUAUUGAGCCUAUAGAUGCAGGCUAGAGUCACUGCCGAACGAUGCUUAGACAUAAAAAGUGUUUAAACACAACUUCACACCAAUAACGUCUUCUAACAGACGUCCACUCAGAAUAAAUCAAAACAAAAUUGUAUCUAUCCAUAAGUCUUGUGUUCGUUCCUUAUGUACUAAGACUGGCUCGUGCAGUCAUUUCUGUCUAGUACAAAAUGGGCUCGACAUUACUACAUUUUGUACUUAAUUUUAUAUCAUCACACAGGGGAGAACUGAAUCUUGAAAAAUCCUGUUUUUUUUUCAAGCUCUCUACAAUAUGUCGUAGUAUUAGAUAUUUAUAAUUUGAAUGUGAUAUCAAUUAGGUUAUGUGAUAGUGUAAAUUGUAUUUGGUUGUUGUUGUUGUUGUUCAGAAGACUACAUUUAAAAUUAAGAAGUAUCAUUUGUACUUUGUACUGAUCUAUAUCUUCAUGUGCUACCUUCUAUAAAUAAAGAUGUUAUUAUUAAUAUUAUUAUUAUUAUUAUUAUUAUUAUUAUGUUUAAAGGUGCCAAUGUAUUUGUAAAAGACGAAACGUUAUGCAUUUUCUAGAAAUUCCAACGAAUGUAUAAUAAAUUACUAAAUCUGACUCAAAAUAAAUCCAAGGUUAGAUACUAAAAAUAUGUUUUCUGAGAAAAAAAGAAAAAGAGAAAGUACAGUCAACGUGCGUACUUGCAUGUUAUAUCUUUUGCACUAUAAAACCAUUUACAGCGGUGUACCCCUGUUAUAUGGUAUAUAAAAAUUUAUGAGUCUCUUAAAAUACUUGCGAAUAUCAUCACGUUCAUGAAAAACUGUAUCUCGAGUACUUUGCUUAAUAAAACAAUCCUAUCCGACGGCGGAAUGUUCAAUAAUCAAGACCUGGCAGCGAGUCGAUAUCAGCCAUUCACUGUCUCUUGUAACAUCGAUCUGCUGCAGUCUAUGUAAAACUGCAGUGUCCAAUUGCUGUUUGAAUGCGUAUAUUGAAUCACAUAGAUAGAUUAUAUCAAAGUUAUUCUUUAAGGAUUUAGUGUAUGUGUACGGAUUGUAGUUAGUGGAUAGUGAAAAUGUCAACGGAUGAAAAAAUCGCGUCGUCCCCGACGAAAUCAGACGAAAGUCCACAAAACACAAUUAGGGUGAUAAAGGCUAACGACACUGAACAAACGGUGGUUGAGGUCAAGGUCGCCGGAGAAGAUGGAGCGAAGGUCACGGUUUUCGGCGGGGAUGGACCUGUGACUAUUAACGGGAUUGCAGAUAAAACGGAUGAAAAACAACCGGAAGUGAACAAUAAAGCUGGUAGUAAAAACGAAGACACAGAACCUGUUAAAGACCCUAAUAAAGAUGUCAAUGAAAGUGUCAAUGAAGAUAAAGUUGAGAAAGCUGAAGCAAAGAAAGUGGAAAACGAAAAACAGAAAAACGAUGCCGACAACGACAACGAAACUCUUGAACCUUUAACUAAAGAAGAAAUUGACAAAAUUGUGUCUAAAUAUGCAAAUAAAUUGAACAAGAAAGAUUUGGACAAGUACCUGGAGUUUUACUGGUCCGUGGAUGAAUAUGGUUUUGGAAUAUUUACAUUUCACCAGUUUGUCUAUCGACUGGGGAAAAUUAAGAGAUAUUUGAACACCAGGGAAGUAGCGGAGAUGUUUGCCGAUCUUGAUCAUGACAAUGACAGGCUAGUGUCCCUGGACGAGUUUCUCGACGAAAUGUCAAGAGAAAAACCUAGGCCAAAAACCGAAGAAGAAUGGAAAGCAAGAUUUGAAUACUGUGACAAAAACCACGAUGGUUUUGUAUGCCAAGAAGACAUAGCUGCAGUUCUCCGCGAAAACAACGUGCAAUACCUAGAUGCAGAAAUUCUUUACUUUCUACACCAAAACAAAGCGGGCCCAGAUAAGAAAUUAGAUUUGGCAGAAUUCCGAUGGGCCGUAAAACAUUAAAAUUUACUUCAUAAAAUAUAUUCUAAUUAUAUACAUAUGUUAUACUUCAGAUAAAUUUUAUUAUUUCGGUCAGACGUUAUCAGUGUCCUUCAAAUGUGAUUUUUUUGUGUGACCUUGUCGGUUUGUGUGAGGUAUUCAGAGGAACAUGAACUUUAUCUAUGAACACAAUUUAGGGCAAAGAAUGCACUUUAUAUGGGCCAUGGACGUGAAGAAUACCGUCUGGAAAAAUAUCACUUAUACAGUAUUAUCCAUUUUGAACAUAAACCAUACAAAUGCUACGUUAGUGUAGACAGGACCAGAUGGCAACAAAUUACAUUCAGCAUCGACUGUCCCUAGCCGACUUUCGUUUUUGCACAGGCUCAUUUCGUUGUUUCUGUUUUUCGCGGCGGGCAAAAUCGCUAAAACGGUUAUUCAGAGAUCGGAUCUUAUUUUUGUUCGGGGCUUUCAGUGGCUGAGUGGUUUAGGCCGCUGAUUUCAAACCACUUGCCCCUCACCGAUGUGGGUUCGAGCCUCACUCGGGGCGUUGAAUUUAUGUGAGGAAGCCAUCCAGCUGGCUUAUGGAAGGUUGGUGGUUCUACCCGUCCGUGAUGAAAUAAUGCUCGCAUGGGCACAUUGGGUCUUUCUCUACCAUCAAAGCUGGAAAGUCGCCAUAUGACCUUAUUUGUGUCGGUCGGUGCGACGUUAAUGCUCGCAAAUGCAAAGGUGCAUGAACCUUGUGGAGAAGUUUCUUGCCACAGACUGUGUCAUCCAUGCAUUAUACAAAUUUCUAAUAUUUCAGUCUAAAACAUUUCGUUCUAUACAUCGUAGUAUCUAAAGUAGCGGUUCCGAGAUGAGGGACCCUAUCAUAUGUGCAAGGUAGGAACCUCGCAACUUGUGAUGUAUGUUCAAUGAUGUACUAAAUGCUUAUACACAAUUCUGCACGUCUGUCCCUUUUUAGUAGUGCUACCUCGAGUUUUCCCUAUAUGCAACAUAAUUUUUACUACUUUGUUAACAAUGUGUAAAUAAGACUGAAAAAUUCCGUUUGCAACGUGAUCGCAAUUUGUUUAAAGCUAUAUCAGCAGCGAAUUUUUAAACUGAUAUUUCAGCUUUUUUUCUAAGAUAAACACAUGCUGUUAGCUUCUACUUCUUUGCUCUAAAGAUAGCGCAUGCUGGGUUGGGUCAAAGUAUUAUUACAUAUUUACCAGUAUUGCAUUAAAUCGAGGUGAUCUCUAGAUUACUUUGACCCGUUCUUAGUUGCUGUUUAUCACUGUAAGUCUUGCAUUUCUUUAGAUUAAAAUUUACAUUAUAUAAGCACAUGUUUAAUGAACAAGGCCUUUUUUUGUUGGAAAGAGGAUUAUAAUACGGGAGCCUGUGAUAACCACUGUUCAGAGUUUCCAAUUAAAUAGCAAUUUGUGUAACUAACACCUAUUGCAGAUAGUUCCGUGCUUUAACAGCCAGGUUAAAGAAGGCACCUGUGAAAGGAAUGCGUACGCUGGUAAAGCCUUUCUAUGGUUAUGAAAGGAAUGUGUACGCUGGUCAAAUAAAAGGAAUAUGCAUGCUGGUCAAGCCUUACUGGGGUUAUAAAAGGAAUAUGUAUGCUGGCCAAGCCUUUCAUAGGUUAUGAAAGAUAUGUGCACACUGGCUAAGCCUUCUAGAGUUCUGAAAGGAGUGUGUAUGCUAGUAAGCCUUCAUAGGGUUCUGCCUGGGGUUAUGAAAGGAAUGUAUACGCUGGUCAAGCCUUCCUGUUCUGAAGGGAAAGUGUAUGCUGGUCAAGUCUUCCUGGGGUUAUGAAAGGAAUGUGGAUGCUGCAUAUGGUCAAGUCUUCCAGGGGUUAUGAAAGGAACGUGGAUGCUGGUCAAAUCUUCCUGGGGUUAUGAAAGAAGUGUGUAUGCUGGUCAAGUGUUCCCAAGGUUAUGAAGGGAAUGUGUACGCUGGUCAAAUCUUCCUGGGUAUAUGAUAGGAAAAUUGUCGAUCGUCGAAGCCUUCCUGGGGUAAUGAAAAGAAUGUGUACACUGAUCAAGCCUUCCUGCGAUUCUUGUCCAAAAUUUUGCAAAAAGCAUGCAAAUGUUCCUAAAUGCCUUAUUUUGUACUAUUGCUAUGUGAACAAACUACACUGUGAUUGCUUUCUGUUAUAUAAAAUAUAGAGUAAUGUAUGUUAACUUGCUUAUCAGCUUUUUAUGCUCAAGCUUCAAAGUAAUAAAGAAUUCAAACUGUG